AUGUCUGCCUCUUCUCAGCCGGUGGUGACGCCGGACGACUACUCGUCGAUUCCGAGCAUCAUCAGCUGGUUCCUAGGCGUCACCUCGCUGCUGUUCGUCGCCACUAAGAUCGUGACCAAGCUGUCCAUGACACGCAGCUUUGCGCUCGACGAUGCUGCCAUUAUUACCGCAUUGGCCUUCAGCAUCGGGAUGGUGAUCGCUGUUUCCAUACAAGCGCAAAAUGGACUGGGAAAGAGAGAGAGCUCUCUCUCCGAGUCGGAGCUGAUCGCAUUUGAAAAGGGUGUCUAUGCCACGGACUUCCUUUACAUCACGACCCUGUUCUUUUCAAAGUCCUCAGUCCUCGUGCUCCUCCGAGCGCUCACACCCGUGAGAAAUCACCAGCUUCUGACGUAUGCUGUCGCUGGUGUGCUUGGGUUGUGGGCGAUAUCUAGUCUGUUCGCGGUGGGAUUCCAGUGCUCAACGCCUCAAAAAUGGGCAAUAGUGACAGGACAUUGUAUAAAUCAGGCCUCUUUCUGGAUUGUCUUUGGAAUCCUCAACAUUAUUACCGAGGUCUUCCUAGUCGUAAUCCCGGCAGUCAUCAUGCGGAGCGUGCAGAUACCUCAGGGGAAGAAGACCGUCAUCAUAGUAGUCUUCUCCCUCCGCGUCUUCGUCGCCGCCGCCAUCAUCCCGGAGCUCAUCUUCGUCCAGCGGGCGGGCCAGUCGGCAGACCGGACCUUCGCGGCCUGGCCCGCCGUCGUCUGCGCCCUCUGGGUGCAGUGCCUCAGCAUCGUGUUCGCGUGCGUGCCCUACCUCAAGCCCUUCUUCGGCGCGCUCGAGUCGGGCAUGAUCCGCAUGGACGACACGCGGCGCCGCGAGGGCCGCUCCACGGGCGGCGGCGGCGGCUACUACUUCAAGAAGCCAAAGAUGUCGUCGCACGGCAGCAGCAGCGGCAAGCAGAGCAUCGGCAGCCGCCUCUACCCGCUGAGGAACUUCGCGCACGGCGGCGGCGGCGGCACGCACUCGGCCUCGGCGGAGCGUGGCACGGAGGAAUUGGAUCGCCACUCGCAGCGGUCCGACUCGCGCAUCAUCCGCGCGACGACGACGUUUGAGAUCCGGUCGGAGGAUGAGUAUUGA